ACCCCAGAAGAAGACGAGGGAGCGAAGGAGGUGGAGGAGGAGGAGGGAAAAGCCGGGGAAUGAUGAUCUAUUUAUCCGAGUAGGAGCUCCCUCUUACGGGACAGGUAGACUGACGACGCACUAACGGUGCUCCCGAGCUUGUUAACAUGACAGCUGCUUCAAGCUACAAAACGUCUGAAAUGUAUUGCAGCUAAUAUAGAUGUCAGCGCUUGUUGUUCUCCAUCGUCACACGCCCGCCUGGACGUCACCGAGCAGCGGGGCUUGUUUUGCCGCCAGCUGUCACCCAGCCACCGAACCCAAGUGUGGGGGGCUUGUUUGGCCACUGUAGUCCGCCCUGGACACGAGCUAAUUCGGGGAAGCGAGAAGCUAGGACUGCGGGUUAUCCGUUCAGUCACCGAGGUCCUCGUCAGGGUGAAGAUAAUGCUCAGAUAUGAUGCCCAGUCAGGCUCAUGUGUUGCUCAAAUGGCAGGAACACCUCAACAGCUCCUGGGCGGCGGAGGACAGCUUGCAGACGGCCACCAGGCAUGGGGCGGCCACCCUUUACAGCAGACUCCUCCACAACAAGGAGGUGGUGAGUCUAGCCCAGCCCGUCCAUGAACUCGUUAGCCCUCGACUGCCUGACUUUGAGUGCGAGUCCUGCGCUGCCGCGGAGAAAGAAGAGUAUCUUUUGUCUCUGCUGCAAAGUCAACGAUGGCUGGCUCGCCGCAUGCUGACGCAGACCCGAUACACACAGGGUCUUCACCACAAACUGGUCGUUCUGCAAAGGAUCUUUUACGCUAUUCACACCAAGUACCACGACAACUUCCGAGCGCAGCUUCCCCCACACGCCGCGCCCAGCGGCACGGAUUGUGGACACCUCGAGCUGGCCUCUGAGCCUUGCGUGCCAGGCGUGUUGCCCAGAGUCAAGUCGGGCACGGAUGUUCUGAUCGAGAUGGGCGUGAGGACAGGUUUGAGCCUGCUCUUCUCACUGCUGCAGCAGAACUGGAGGUACGCGGCUUCCGUUCAGCCAGAGUCGAUGCUGUGCAACGACGUACUGGCCACCGCCUCGUCCGUGCUGGCGUCCCUCCCGCCGCUAUCCCUCGCCAAUGAGAGUAAGAUCCCCUCAGUUGGGCUAGACUGCCUCACGCAGGUGGCUGAAUUCCUAAAGAAGACAUCAGUGAGCAGCGGGAGCGGCGGUGCUGACGUGACUGGUAGGAGGCUGGCCCUGGAGCUGCUGCUGGGCCUGGCCAUGCAAAGAGGUUCACUCAAGUUUCUCCUGGAGUGGGUGGAGGUGGCUUUGGCGGCCUCCAUGUGUUCACGCACCUCUGCGCCAUCGUCCUCUGCACUGAGCUCCAAGCAACCCGCUGGUGUGGGAUUUGAUGUCAUCCAACAAACUCUACUUCAGAUGAGACAGUUUUCGGGUUUGACUGGAGACACCAUCAACACUCCAAUCCUCCAAAAGGACACAGACGGACUUUGCCGACUCUCCCAGGCGGCCCUUUGUCUCUUCGAGGAGAUCUGUAAUUUGGCAUCUUACUGCCUGUGCUCCUGCAAUGCUAACGCGGACGCUCCAAGCGCUGACAGUGACGCCGUGGUGGUGUACGUGUGGGGCAGCAACAGCAGCCAUCAGCUAGCAGAAGGAACGCUGGAGAAAAUUUUGCUGCCCAAACCAACGCAGGGCUUUAAUGACGCACAAAUGAUCGAGGCCGGCCAAUACUGUACCUUCUCAGUGUCGGCGGAUGGCGCUGUAAAGGCAUGUGGUAAAGGCAGCUAUGGCCGCUUGGGCCUGGGCGACUCCAACAACCAGUCCAUGCCAAAGAAACUGGUUCUCGAGCCCCACAGGAACAUGAAGAAGGUGUCCUCCUCUAAGGGAUCGGAUGGUCAUACCUUGGCCAUCACCAUAGAGGGAGAGGUGUUUAGCUGGGGUGAUGGAGAAUAUGGGAAACUAGGACACGGCAACAGUGCUACGCAGAAAUACCCCAAAAUCAUCCAAGGACCUUUGUCAGGCAAAGUUGUCGUGUGCGUGUCUGCUGGCUACAGGCACAGUGCUGCCGUGACCAACGACGGCGAGCUUUACACGUGGGGUGAAGGCGACUUUGGCCGACUUGGCCACAGUGACAGCCAGAGCCGCAACACGCCUACGCUUGUGAAAGACAUCAGCGGCGUCGGCCAGGUGGCGUGUGGCAGUUCGCACACCAUUGCGGUUGCUCAGGACGGACGCACCGUGUGGUCCUUCGGAGGAGGCGAUAACGGUAAACUCGGCCACGGUGACACUAACCGUGUUUAUCGGCCAAAAAUCAUCGAAGCCCUGCAUGGAUGCAUCAUCAGGAAAGUGUGUGCUGGAAGUCAGUCAUCUUUGGCGCUCACCUCUGCAGGACAGGUGUUCGCGUGGGGCUGCGGCUCAUGUUUAGGGUGUGGCUCGUCUGAGACCACCUCCCUGAGACCCCGAUUCAUAGAGGACCUGAGCAUCACAAAGGUCAUCGAUAUCUCAUGUGGGGAUAGCCACUGCCUGGCACUGUCACAUGAGAAUGAAGUAUAUGCCUGGGGCAACAACACCAUGGGCCAAUGCGGGCAAGGUCACACCUCAACGCCAGUUUCCAAACCAAAAAAAGUGCUAGGUCUAGAGGGGGUGUCCAUCCAGCAGAUCACUGCGGGGACCUCCCACAGCUUGGCUUGGACUGCGGUGCCGACUGACAGGCAGCUGGUGGCGUGGCACAGGCCUUUCUGCGUGGAUCUGGAAGAAAGUACCUUCACUUACUUGCGCAGCUUCCUUGAAAGCUACUGUGACGGCAUCGGGGAUGACACGCCCCCGGCGCCAUUCUUAUCCCAACGGGAGCAUCAUCAGUUCAUUUUGCUAUGCAUGAAGCUGCUUUCUGUCCAUCUGUCCCUGGCUCAUGCCGGGGGGACUGGUGCUAUGGUGUUGGGAGCCCAAGGCAGGCCCCUCCGCAACCUGUUAUUCAGACUUAUAGACACCAACAUGCCUGACUCCAUACAACAGGCGGUUAUGAAUACGCUCUCCAUCGGCGCUUCGCUCCUACUUCCUCCACUGAGGGAACGGACUGAACUGCUACUCUCCCUCCUACCUCAGGGCCCGCAAAGUCUAAAUGUGCUCUCCAAAGGGCAACGUCUUCAGUUGGACAUGGUGCUCAGCAGCCUCCAGGAACAGAGUCACAUGGCAUCUCUGCUGGGCUACAGCAAUUUUGGGGAUGUGGCGAACCUCGCACCACCUCUGAUGGCCGCCUCGUCUGCCAGACCAUCCUCCUCCUCCACGUCAUCCGAAGCCUACGACCCAUUUCAUUUAGCAGAGGUCCUGCUCAGAACACUCCUGCUCAGUAUUGGCUUUUACACGGAGCAAUCUUUUGGCGAAUUGGAGAAAAACAGUGAUAAACUGCUCUCAAGCGAUGGUGAAGGAGAGUCAGAGCCUCCUUCACACUUUCACCAGCUUCUCUCCGGACUUCACAAACACAUGCUGGCUCACUGCUACAUCCACUUCAGCCCCGAGGACGACAGCAGUGUAAAAUUACUUGGUGAGCAUCUUCAAUUGAUGCUUUCGUGCGCUGCAGAGACACUUCGAAGAUCUGCCAAGUUGCUGAAGAAGAGCUUUGUGGACAAGCAGAUGAUGAAGAAGCUGCAUCUGGUGUUGUACAACUCCAUGGCAGGUAGCCUGCUGUGUCAGGUCAUGUACUCGCUGCUGCUGCUACCCCUCAGCGUGGUCCAACCUCUGCUUGGCCAUUUGUUGGACUUGCUGCAGGACCUGGACAGUUUCAACAGGUUAUUGCCGGAGACUGGUAUGAUUGAGGAGCAGGAGUUAGAGGUAGAAGGAUCAACACUCCCCUCAGAUAAAAGAGAAGACCAGGAGAUAGAGGAGGAUGAGUGUACAUGGCUUUGGCUGUUAGAUCUGGAGCGCUCUGUAGCACUAGCGGUCGGCCGUUGCCUUGGCGGGAUGAUGCAAGGGCUUCCACCCACCCCUCAGGAAAAGACCUCUGAGUUCUGGUUAUCCAGUAUGCUUCUCCGGAACGGCCUUGAGAUGGACUUUGAAGAGCUGGACUCAAGCAUGGCAUGGCUGACCGAAACGGUGGUGCUGGGUGGUAGCGAUGCAAGGCUGACAGAAUUGAGCCUGAACCAGGAAUCUCUGGCAUUAUUGGAGGUGGCACUGGGUUCCUCCAGGGGAACUGCUGGGUACCUGCUGCAAAAGAUGGAGGAGUACAUGCUCAGCAGAGAGUGGGAAAGCGGAGGAACAUUGGGUGAUGCUUUGCUGGAAGCUGUCUGUCGCUGCAGCUUGGCAGCACUUCUCAAGCACACAGGGAUACCAGAUAAAGCCUGCUGGCAGGACAGGUAUGAGCCCUGCGAAAUGCUGUUAGACGUCUUUGAACGCGUCUACAAAAUCAGAAUGUCUCUGUUGGUCCAUAAAAACUCUCCUAGAACCUCACAGGUCCUCGCUGCUGCCAAGCAGAGUCCUGGUGCAGAAGAGCCAGGAGUUCCAUUGGUGAAAGAUAGCGAGCGGCUGCUUGUAGGGCAGUGCAAUCAGGAGGUGCAAGUGCCACCGCCACCUGAAGCCAACCAUAAUCAGGACCAGGAAAACACAGCAGAGGAUCCAUCUGGAAGCAAUCGGAUAGAUCUUACAGAAGUCCUGGAAUCCUUCAUGGCAACCCGCGAAGCCAUGCACGUACAGCAGGAUGUGACUGUGUACGAGUCCUUCGGGACUUCUACACUUCCGGGCACCGCGGAGAGCCCAGUCAGUCCCCACAGGGAGGUGGACAGACAGCAUUGGGACAACGGGAAAGAGGUGGUGGAGGAGAGCUUGCCCUUCCCCGCUGCCUGCCGGCUGCUCAUCUCCCGCUGCCUCUUUCUCCUGCUGGGGGUCCGCGCUGCCUGGGUAGAACCUAGUGAAGGGGAAGUGAGUCAGGCCACCAUUUCUGGCUCCAGGGCAGCUACUGAUUCUUUUGGUCUGAGACAGCAGUCUGACCAAUCAAAGACCUCCUUGGGAUCAUACACAAACAAAAUAGGGUUGCCUCUCUGUUCUUUGGACGUCAUGAAAGACGCUUGGGAUCGUUUGCGUCAGUGCAUCAGCCCAAACUCCCCAGCCGCGGCCCACUUUGGGGACAACACCUUGCCGAUCCUUGAUGAAGCUCUCCGGUUUGUGUGUGGGAACAUAUUAAAGUUUACAGAGCCCACUCAGGCUUGUCAUGAGGCUGACCCAAAAGCCAUUGCCUUUGCCAUCCUGCAGCAGCAACACAGGGCCGAGGUGCGCCUGGAUGCCUUCCAUCAGAUGUCAGCUUUCCUUUCCAAGAUGGAGGAGAAGAGCUGCUCUCCACACUCUCCCGCCUUGUUGCAGUCAGUGCAGCUCCAGUUUCUCUCCGGAUGCUUCGCUUUAGGAACGCAAAUCAUGGGCCCUCCCAUGGGUGCUCAUUACGAGAUGUGCCAUUACACGGCUGGCACGCAUUCAGCCGCCAUUGGCAAACAAAGGGAGUUGCAAUAUGCGGCCCAUGCUUUCUACCAGCAAGUGGUGCACGUCCUCAGACAGAGGGUCUUGCUUGAGAGAAAAAAUCCAGGUUCGUGCCAGCACCUCCUGCUUGCCACCAUGUUUGCACUGAACUUCAAUUAUCAGCCAGCAGACUUGGUGCUAGUGGUAAAGCGCGGCAUUCUGGAGCUGCUCUGCAUGCUGACCGACAACAGCUGCGCCCUCAUGAACCAGGGCUGGCUGGCUGUCUCCACAUCGGGAUGUGCGCUGCUGAGUGGCGCUGUCAAGCUGGCGUGUACGCGGCUGCUGCAGAUCCUUGUAGUCGCUUCCAGCUCCUGCGAAGAUCUCCUGCCCCUUGAGAUUUCCCACGCACUCAUGGAGGUGAUGUGCCAACACCUUCAAAAUGUACUGCAUGCAUUCCAGCAACAGCAGGCGGCAGAGAGAGCAAGAGAGGAGACAGUGUCAAUGGAGGAGGAUGAGAAGAGUUUAAAAGGAUCAGAAAGCAGCCGAGUACUUGAAUGUCAGCUUGCGGACUUCUUGGUAUUCCUCAGGCGGGUGUUGUCCUCACGAGUAAUGAAAACGUUCUCAUCCUUCAUUAAGUGGGUGGACCCGCUCAUGGCCAUUAUUUCCUACAAGUGCACUUUAGGAUCACCAUGCUUCCAAAACCUUCGCACAAAGCUUUUGGCCUUCCAUGUUUUGGAACGAUUGUUGCCUGCUUGCUCUGAGCCUGAAUAUGUUCAAAAGAUUGUCAAACAACUCUUCCAGCUGAUGUCUGUUUACAUGUGGGAGCAGCCUCUGGCUGACAUGAGCCACAAAGAAACGACUGUAAAGGAUCCGGGGAAUGCCGGCAGCAACGAUGAAUGUAUUUCCAUCGGCGAUUUUUCCUUUGAUCCGCAUAAGAUAACGUGCUGCUCCCUAGAGAGCGGGAACGUCCUCUCGCAUGGCACUGGUGGAAAAGGUUAUGGCCUUGCUACCACAGCCAUUUCCUCUGGAUGCUUUAUAUGGAAGUUCCACAUUGCCAAAGAACACAGAGGCAAUGAGGGUACGUGUGUGGGUGUGUCACGCUGGCCAGUCCGCGACUAUAACCACCACACCACCACCGACAUGUGGCUUUAUCGGGCCUACAGCGGUAACCUGUACCACGGUGGCGAAUUGGUCCGUACGCUCCCUUCCUUCACGCAGGGUGACACCAUAACGUGCAUCCUAGACAUGGAGGCUCACACGGUGUCUUUCGCUAAAAACGACAAGGAGCCAAAGUUGGCGUUUGAAGGUGUUGUUGCCUCCGAGCUGUACCCUUGCGUGCUAUUCUACAGCAGCAAUCCUGGAGAGAAGGUGACACUAGGGGACCUCCAGAUGCGAGGCAUGCCCACCAACCUGCUACCUGGGGAGCCACUUUGCAGCCCGCAGAGCACAGCUCUGAUAGAGUCCACAGUGCAACUCCUGCGCCGGCUCCACCAGUACGACCAGUGGACACCACACAUCAACCAAUACAUCCAUACCAAUCUGGAGCUUAUCGGUCCCAUGUUAAAAGAGGAAAACCUGGGAGGCUUUGCCUCAGGACAUGCAUCGACAGACAUUGAUUCAUCCUACAAGGAAAGUGACUGUGAAAUUGCUCCACCUGAAGAAGACCCUCAUCCAAGCCUCCUAUCAGAAUCCAAACUAUCUGCUUUGUGCACUAAAGUGUGGCCCGUACUGGCAUUGAUCGGCGGUGUGGAUGGCGGUCUCCGUGCUGGAGGCUUGUGUCUACACAAGCCCAGUGGGCGCAAGGCCGUCCUGCUCGGUGUCCUGAAAGAGAGGAGCUCUCUGGCCAAGCUUCAGUGGGAGGAACCUGACCUCUCUAUCAGCUCCACGAAUUCUUGGUCACCCAGCGACACGCCCAUCUCCUCGCUGGAGCCCUGCGACACUACCUGCUGCGAUGCAGCACGGCUCGGAGGCAUCAAACCAGCAGUGCUCUUGGAUCUCAUUUAUCUUAUUGGGCUGUUGGAGGAGCGCGGCUGGCUCGGAGCUCGUGUUGCUAUCGCCGAAAAACUGUCUCAAGAGGGCGGGAUGCAAUAUUGCCUGGAUGAGGUAGAUGAUCUCACCUCAUAUGAAGAAGAAGUCAAGGAGAAGGUUGAAGACGAUGGGAAGGCGUCCGGCAAAGAUACAAUGAAUGUCCGAGAAGAUCCGACGGGACCUACGCAGACCAAAUUAAAUACCUUCGCCUUGGAGCUCAGAGCAAUCAAAGUCUCAUACCUUCUCACCGGGGCCUUGAAAUCCCUCGCUGUCAUUUUCAACUGUGAAAAAUUGUCAGAUUUGCUCUCCGGGUCCAAGCAGAACGCAACUUCGUCUAGUCCUAGAUCCGACCGGGAAAAAAGUGGAAGUAGUGGUGGUGAGCAAUGGGACGAGAGUGCCGAACUGAGCUCCGUGCUGCAGUACGUGGUGCAGAGCAUGGUCAAGUGGGCAGUCCGGCCGUGUCCCAUAAAGCAAAGAGUGUCGCUGGCAGACCUAGAGAGGGCUCAAGUCAUGAUCUACAAAGGUGCACUGAGUGGACUCCAGGAUAAAGAAUGCAAAGAAUCUGGACACCACUCAGCCUCCCAGCCCAUUUCUAAGUCCUCCAGCUCCAUCUCUUUAUACAGCAUUGGCUCAGAAGGCACCGCCAUCUUUGGCCAGUCUAACCAAGCCUCUGCAUCGUCUUCCAACAUGGAGCUGGCCUCAUCACUACCGACAAACCUGCAGGCUGAUAGUCUUGAUCAAUUCAAUCCUUUCCUACCCAUCAGCCUUCUUCAACACAUGGUGCUAACACGUUUCCCCACGCUCACCGGAUUGGUUAGUGCCCCUCCCUGUGCCGCAUCCUCUUUCAGCCUGGCUAGUUCAGCCUCGUGUGAUGCCUUCACAGAGCAGCAGACCAGUUUCAUGGAACCCGGUCCAUGCAGCACACAGGCUCGAAGCAGCCUGGUCCACUUUUCUUUUUCUGUUUCAUCACCAGAGCGGACACAAAUGUUUGUCACCAGCCGCUUGCUAGAAAUGGGAUUCACUAUGAGACAUAUCUACUGCGCCAUGGAGGCUGCAGAUGUUGCGGGUGAGCUGGACUCUCGCACCAUUGAGGUGUUAGCCAGCUGGAUGCUGGAGCACCCCCUGACGGAAGAACAACAGACCGCCGAGUCACCCAGGCAGGAGGUUGACCCCGACACACCGUCCUCCGAUGGACCAGAGACGGUGCAGUGCCCCGAACGCCCAGCGAGUCAACCUACCGAGAGCUUUACAGCGCGUCUUGACUGGAUCGAGCGAGAGAACUUCUUAGAUUUCCACCUGACAAGGAACAGACCUCCUCCUGCAAGGCGGCGGCGUUCAGGCCCAACUCAAAGGACUUCUUUUCGGAGGCCAGGAGUUCCCAUCUCUUCAGAUUUGCCGUCACCCAGCCCCAUCCCGCAGUUGUAUCAGCAAAACGCAACCGAUUGGCCGGAAUACGUGGAGUUUCAUCCUUUCUCCACGGAGGAGGAAUCCGAGCUUGGAUAUAUGGACGACGUAUACCACGAAGAGACGUACGAGGACAUGCUAACCCCCUUUUUCAGCCUGGAGAGAGAUACUCUACACAUAGCGGAGAGCGGGGAAGAACACAGUCCAAUGGUGAAGUGCGAACUAUGCAGCACUCUCACCCUACAAUUUAAUAACCACAUCAAGCGUCGACAUCCUGGAUGUGGCCAGAGUGCAGCUCGCAAGGGAUACGACAGCACCGGCGCCUACGUCGACGUCUGGUUUAAAGGGGAAUGCGGCUCCAACUUCCCCUUCUACCUCCUCUGCACCUCCUGCAGGGAAAAGUACCUUGCUACCAAUUCCAAUGACCCGAGUUCCAGGAGUGAAAGGGUUAAAGGCCUGACGAGUGAUCUAAUCGGCCGUUUGGACAGUACCUCUGACGAUGACUGGGAAAUUAACCUCCAAGAAGAGUGUGACGAAGACAGACUGACAGGACUGGAGGACUUUGGGCUUUUAUUGAGACCGUUAGGACUAAAUGAAAAGAAGCUGGUACCGGACCCCAUUGCCUUUACAGAGCCUGAUCCACUGGGAGCUAUGGUUUAUACUUCGGCAGACCCCCUGAAGGCUAAUCCCAAAGGGAACGCUAUUGUUGAGCAGAAGUUCUCACUGAGUUUGGGGCAACAGGCCUUAUCUCUGAGAGACUCUCACGACCGACUAAAAGCUCUAAGAAGAGUGACCUCCACAGCUCAGAUCUUGCUAGCAUAUGGCAUGGUGAUGCGAGCCCUUUCCACGACUGCUUGCAGCCCGUCCAGCGGACUGGACUCGUUGGGCCUUGCGGACAUACGCAUCCUGGUGCGUCUGAUGACGCUCGCCACGGCAGGCAGGGCUAACACAUGUUCGGACAGACGAUCCGGCGGCGAGGAGCUAGCCUCUGAGCGCGGCAACUCCAGUUGCCUCAGUUUCCUGACGGCAGCCAUAGGCAGCGUGGUGUCCCACAGCCCAGCUGCCUACAGGCAGCUAGUGGAGAUAUGCACUCAGGAUUUGAUGGCAGCGGCAACAGGAGUACAUAUAUCCAGUAGUAUUGCACAGCAGCAAGCUGUAUUAACAGUCAGUCUGGCGGCCCAGCAGCAGCAACAGCAGGCGAGGGACUGUAGUGAGCACCCAGCAUCCUUUUUGGUCACGCAGAGCCUUGUGGCUUUGCUCACAGAGAAGGGAGCUUAUUGCCAGAGUGCUGACAAGCCAGAACAUGAGGCUCAUGAUGCAGGACACCAGGGGCUAUCUUCUACUGGCCCUUCCACACACCGUGGCACAAGAGUGGGCCCUCUCGAGCUUGCCAAUGCUCUAGCUGCAUGCGUCCUGUCCGCCAUGCUGAGCAGCCAGCACCGCCAGUGGGCGGCAUGGCGGCUUGUACAAGCCCUAGCCGCAGCAGGGCGAGACGGACCUGGGCGAGCUCAGACUUACAGCGACCUUGCCGGCGAUCUGCGCAAAUGUCCCAUCAGAAGGCUGGAAGGGCACUAUAAUAAGAUUGCCACCUGUUCAUGGAACAGUGAGCAGAAUUUGCUGGCUACUUGCUCCCAGGAUAAAGUUGUGCAACUGUGGAGUAUCAGUGAGAACAACGCCCAGUUGCACACCACCUUCUCCUGUAUAACCAGUAAAACACACAGAACCAGCUCCGAGAGGGCGGCAAGAUGUCAUCAUAUGUCCUUGCCUGUGUACUGGAGCACAGGCGGAGACUUCCUGGCUGCCCCUGAGAACAAACACAUCACCAUCAUGAACAUUAGAGGCUCUCACUGUCACACAGAAGCUCAGACGUCCCGGGUUACAGCAUUGUGUUGGGCCGCAGCCUUUAGUUUAUGGCUUCUUGAUCAGCCUGAGGCGUACAAAAUCCGACCCACCGAGAGUUUGCUAGUGGGACGGCUGGACGGCUCUCUGUGCUGGCUUCGUGUCACCAUGCAGGAGCUCGAUUUGCUUGUGAAGACCACAGAGCUAACCCACUGCAAUAGGACGGAGGCCCCACAGUGCGUGGCGUGGCACAGUGAGGAAAAGCCAUUUGCAGUCGGCUACCCAAGCGGAAAAAUCCUAGUGGGGACAGCUGAGACCUAUGAGAGUGAACCCUUAGCGGUGCUGCCCAUGUACCAGGAUGGUGUAAGCUCCCUCAAAUGGGAUCCAACGGGGAACCUGCUGCUGUGUCUGGGCAGGUCCGAGGUGGUGAAAAUCCUCGGACCCUCGGGGGGCAAGUGGGUGACUCUUCACUCGCUUGCGCACUCCGGCACGGUCAACGUUGCUGAAUGGUGCCCCCUCACUGGCCGAACCCCCGACCCUAUGCUUAUGAUGGCGACAGGUUGUCAGAACGGCUCUGUGCAUGUGUGGACGUUACCGCAAGGAAGUGCUGGCAUUUCGCAGUCACCCAUACUGAACAGCCCUAGAAGGGCCAAUAUCAUGGAGAGUGCAAAGUGUGUCUUUGCCCUUCAUGGUCACAUCACAGCAGUGAAGUCACUCUCGUUUUGCCCCAGUGGUUUGGCUCUGGUUUCUGGAGGAAUUGGGGGACUACUCAACAUCUGGUCCUUACAGGAUGGUUCAGUGUUACAGACCGUUACAGGUUUGGGGUCAGUCAUCAGUACGACGUGGAUCCCCAAAAUGGGUGUUGUCGCCUGUUUUGGAAGGUCUAAGGACGUCUUGUUGAUCUGCUGCACUCCCGACUGGAUCACUCAGAAUCAUGUGCUGGCCUCUUGCCGCAUGGUCCUAAGAAGCCAGAGCAUCCUGGGUUUGCAUCGGGCUCCUUGUUUGGCAGUGCUACUGGAGAGACUCCCCUUGUUGUUGCAGGAGCAGUAUGCCUAUGAGAGGGCACACGUAGUCAUCGGUGACCAACUAGUCCACAGUGCCUUCCUGCAGAGCCUAGCCUCCCUCGCUGUCGGUUUGUCCCUGGAGGACCAUCUGUGUCAUUACCCGUGCCCGCCACAUCACGCUGACCCCGACAGCCAAUCCUGCCCAGCUGAGUGGAGAUGGCUCGCUACUUACGCCACUACCGUGCGCAGCGCCGAGGCCAUCGCCAGUGGCAUUGUCUUCCCAGAGUCCUUUGCAGUUCCAGAGUUAGAAGAGGGGGAUGAGGAUGAAAUUUCAAAGGCCCUGGACAACAGUAAGUGGAGCUACAAGAUGGAUGAACAGUUGAUGUCCUGGGCAACCACCCGACCAGAGGACUGGCAGCGAGGGGGAAAGAGUGAGGUGUACCUGUGGGGGAAUGGCCGCUACGGACAGCUGGCGGGUAUGGGGACAAACCCCAUGACACCUACUUUAGCGCCUUCUCUGUUACAGACGCAACAGGUGGUGUGUGGUCAGAACUGCACUUUCCUCGUUCAAUCCAAUGGGACCGUUCUAGCCGUUGGAGAGGGACAGUAUGGCAGGUUGGGACAAGGAAAUUCCGAUGAUCUAUAUGUCCCUACUAUUAUCUGUGCUUUUCAAGGUUACGUGGUGACCCAACUGGUGACUUCCUGUGGGUCGGAUGGACACUCCAUGGCGCUAACUGAGACGGGGGAGGUAUUCAGUUGGGGUGACGGUGAUUUCGGCAAGCUGGGACAUGGCAACACUGAAAGGCAGAGGAGACCUAAACAAAUUGAGGCUUUGCAAGGGGAAGAUGUAAUUCAGCUCGCCUGUGGUUUCCGGCAUUCCGCCGUGGUGACGUCCGACGGCAAACUGUUCACUUUCGGUAGUGGUGAAUCCGGACGUCUGGGUCAGCGGUCGACAUCCAACAAGAUGCUGCCAGAGAGGGUUGCUGCACUGGAGGCUUACCACGUAGGACAGGUGUCGUGUGGUCUCAACCACACUCUGGUUUUGUCUGCUGACGGAACGAUUGUAUGGGCAUUCGGAGACGGAGAUUACGGAAAAUUAGGGAUUGGUUCUGCAACAGCGAAAUAUUACCCUCAGAAAGUGGAGCAGCUGUGCAAUAAAGGAAUAAAGAAGGUCAGCUGCGGAACUCAAUUCUCUGUGGCCUUGGCUUGUGAUGGACAUGUGUACACAUUUGGACAAGAGCGUCACAUUGGCCUGCCGGAUUCUAUGCUCAAGAACAAGUCAUGUCCUCAGGUGGUUCCGGCUUUGAGUGGCCAUUUUAUAGAGGAUGUGGCCCUGGGCUGUGAGCACGUCCUCGCAUUGUCCUCCACUGGAGACGUUUAUGCCUGGGGGUGCAAUAGUGACGGACAGCUUGGACUGGGACAUUCAAACCCAGUAAAGGAGCCCACACUGGUGACGUCCCUCCAGGGGAAGAACAUCCGGCAGAUCUCAGCAGGUCGCUGCCACAGCUCUGCAUGGACGACGCCCUCUCCUUCUGUUAAAACUUCAGGUGGUUCUGGGAGUUAUCAGCUAGGUCUUCCUCAGUCUGUCCCUCCCCAAUACAACACGUUGAAAGGCUGCAGCCCUCAUCUGCUCAGCAUGCGCCUCAGGGUACUGCAUCACUUUUCUGAUCUCAUGUACAAGUCAUGGCGGCUGCUGAACCUUGACACCAAGAACAUGGUGUCCACUUCAAGGUACAGUUUAGGGACAACAGCAAUUGUCCGGGGUGAGCUCAGAGGUCUUCUCUCACCUAAAGUCAACACGCUGCCACUGGUGCGCUCCAUUGGAAGAACUAUGACCCAAGGAAAAACGUACGGGCCACAGAUCACCGUGAAACGAAUUUCCACAAGAGGGCGCUCCAGCAAGCCCAUCUUUGUGCAAAUCGCCAAGCAAGUGGUGAGCCUGAACCCUCUGGAGCUGCGACUACCAUCCCGGGCUUGGAAGGUUAAGCUCGUUGGAGAGGGAGCGGAUGAUGCCGGUGGAGUGUUUGAUGACACCAUCACAGAGAUGUGUCAGGAGUUGCAGUCGACUGUGGUGGAUCUUUUGAUUCGUACACCCAACAGCUUUGCCGACGUGGGCAGUCACACUGACAGGUUCCUUCUCAACCCAGCGGCUCUCUCCAAAGAUCACAUGGUUCAGUUCCGCUUCCUAGGCAUCCUCAUGGCGGUAGCGAUCCGUACCAAAAAGCCUCUGGACUUGCAUCUGGCACCGUGGGUGUGGAAACAACUUUGUUCCAUGCCGCUGGGAGAGCCCGACCUGGAGGAGGUUGACCUUCUCACCUACCGCACUUUACAUGGCAUUCUCCAUUUGGAGAAUAGUGGCAUCACAGAGGAGAAUUUCCAUGUGAUGAUCCCCCUGGAUUCCUUCGUGGCCUACAGUGCAGAUGGAAGGCUUGUGCCAGUGGUUCCAGGAGGCCAAAACAUUUCCCUCAACUUUUCCAACCGAACGGAAUACGUGGAAAGAGCCCUGCAGUACAGACUUCAUGAAAUGGACUCUCAGGUGGCUUCGGUCAGAGAGGGCAUGUCGGCCAUCAUCCCCGUGCCGCUCCUCUCCCUGCUGACCGCUCAGCAGCUGGAGCAGCUGGUGUGCGGCCUGCCCGAGGUGUCGGUGGAGACGCUGAAGAAGCUCGUGCGCUACCGCGACAUCGCCGAGAGCCACCAGUUGGUAGCCUGGUUCUGGCAGAGUUUGGAAGAGUUUACCAACGAGGAGCGCGUUCUCUUCCUCCGAUUCGUCUCCGGCAGGUCACGGCUGCCGUCUAACCCGGCGGAUAUGACGCAGAAGUUCCAGAUCAUCAAGGUGGAUCGGCCCAUCAACGGCCUGCCGACAGCUCAGACGUGCUUCUUUCUUCUGCGCCUUCCGCCUUACACGAGCCAGGCGGUGCUGGCCGAGCGGCUGCGCUACUCCAUACACAACUGCCCUUCUAUCGACAUGGACAAUUACAUGCUGACGCACAACACGGAGCCCUUGGAGACCUCUGACACUGAAGAGUGACUACGUCGUAAUGCACUGACUUUUUAAUGUAUUUUCAACCUGGACGAGUGUUGUUGUUUUGCGCUUGUGCGAGGUGUUGUGUAUUUAUUGUAGUGCUUGAAAAGAAAAGCCACUGGGAUAAUAUAGACUAUUAUUUCUUAACAUAUAAGCCACUGAAACAAUGUGCCUGUUUGUUUGAAAAGUCCAAGGAAUCUGUAAGUAUUACUAUAAAAUAAAGAGUGCUUAC